AUGGGGGAUAUCGUUCCUAGUACUCGUACAAAAGCACUGAAUACUUCCUCAAUCCAUUGCCCUAUGUUAAACUCAACCAACUAUACCGUAUGGGCCAUGCGGAUGAGGGUUUUGCUCAGAGUACACAAGGUCUGGGAGACUGUUGAAACAGAGGCGGCCGAUGGUGAGAAGAACGAUGUUGCUAUGGCCCUGAUCUUUCAAUCAGUACCCGAGACGCUCAUUCUACAGGUAGGAAAGUUAGACACGGCGAAAAGGGUAUGGGAUGCAAUCAAAUCAAGACAUGUAGGAGCAGAAAGGGUGCGAGAGGCAAGGUUGCAGACUCUUAUGGCCGAGUUUGACAAACUCAAGAUGAAGGACACAGAGACGAUAGAUGAUUUUAGUGGAAAAUUGUCUGAAAUCUGCUCAAGGUCGGCUGCUUUAGGAACGACUAUUGAGGAACCGAAGAUUGUCAAGAAGUUUCUCAAAAGUCUUCCGAGAAAGAAAUAUAUACACAUGGUAGCUUCACUUGAGCAGGUGUUAAACUUGAACACCACAAGCUUCGAAGACAUAGUCGGAAGACUAAAAGCCUACGAAGAACGUAUUCGAGAAGAAGAAGAAGAAGAAACGCAAGAUGAUCAAAGCAAGCUCAUGUACGUAAACAUGGAACCUCAGGAAAAUCGUGACUACAGUGGAGAGAAUAGAGGCAGAGGUCGAGGAGGACGCUUCUAUAGCAGAGGACGAGGUCGUGGACGAUUCAAUGGAGCCAGAGAUCUGUCAGAGAUAACAUGUUAUCGAUGCGACAAAACAGGGCAUUACGCUUCUAAUUGUCCUGACAGACUUCUCAAACUUCAAGAGACUCAGGAAGACGACGACGUUGAUGACACACAUGAAGCUGAACGACUCAUGAUGCACGAGGUGGUGUAUCUGAAUGAAAAAAGGGUGAAGCCAAACGACUUUGAAAAAAGCUGUGAAGGAGACCAUGUUUGGUAUUUGGAAAGUUUCCUAAUCCUAAUCAAAGUGUGUUUCUAG